UCUCAGGGUGUGGACAUGUCUGCUGCCAGCUGUCUGCUGUCUGAAGAUCAGUUCUUGUGCUCCAUCUGUCUGGAUGUUUUCACCAAUCCAGUCGGCACGCCAUGUGGACACAACUUCUGUAAAAAGUGCAUCAGUGAGUACUGGGACACUAACGCUACUUGCCAGUGUCCCAACUGCAAAAAGGUUUUUGACACGAGACCUGAGCUGCAGGUCAAUAUUUUCAUCUCUGAGAUGGUUGAUCAGUUCAAACAGAAAGUCAGCCUCAGAUCAGAGCAACGAUCUGCUGAACCAGGAGACGUUCUCUGUGACAUCUGUUCUGAAGCCAAAGUGAAGGCCCUGAAGUCCUGUCUGGUGUGUCUGAUGUCCUACUGUGAAACUCAUCUGAACCCUCAUCUGACAACGUCACGUCUGAGAAGACAUCAGCUGAUCGACCCUGUGGAGAACCUGGAAGACAGGAUGUGUGAAAAACACGACAAGCUGCUGGAGCUGUUCUGCAAGAAUGACCAGAUGCUCCUCUGUGUGCUCUGCACCUUUUUGCAUCACAAGUCACAUGAUGUCAUUCCUCUGAAAGCAGAAUGUGAAAGAAAGAAGGAUGAGCUGUGGAAGACAGAAGCUGAAAUUCAGGAGAUGAUCCAGAAGAGACAACUGAAGAUUCAAGAAAUCAAACAGUCAGUUGAGCUCAGCCAGAAAAACGCAGACAAAGAGAAAUCAGCAGGUGUUCAGAUCUUCACUGCUCUGAUGGAGUCUGUUCAGAGAGGUCUGAAAGAGCUCCUGGAGACCAUCGAGGAGAAGCAGAAGAUGACAGAGGACCAGGCUGAAGGCUUCAUCACAGAACUGGAACGUGAAAUCUCUGUGCUGCAGAAGAGGAGCUCUGAGGUGGAGCAGCCAGAGGACCACCUCCUCCAAGGCGUCCAGUCCCUGAGACCUGCUCCACCCACCAAGGUCUGGACUGAGGUCAGAGUCCACCCACCGUCGUAUGAGGGGAGUGUGGUGAGAGCUGUGAGACAGCUGGAGGAGGUGAUCAGGAAAGACAUGAAGAAGAAAGUGAGUGAGGCUGAACUGAAGAGGGUCCAGCAGUAUGCAGUGGACGUGACUCUGGAUCCUGAUACAGCAAAUCCAAAACUCAUCCUGUCUGAUGAUGGAAAACAAGUCCAUCAUGGUGAUGUACGGAAGAAACUCCCAGAAAACCCAGAGAGAUACUCGUCCUGUGUCAGUGUUCUGUCAAAGCAGGGUUUCUCUGCAGGAAGGUUCUACUAUGAGGUUCAGGUCAAAGGGAAGACCGAGUGGACUUUAGGAGUGGCCAGAGAGUCUGUCAACAGGAAAGGACAAGUCAUAUUAAGUCCUCAGGGUGGUUACUGGACAAUCUGGUUGAGGAAUGAGACGGAGUACAAAGCUCUUUCUGGUUGUCCAGUCCGUCUCUCUGUGAGAUCUCAGCCUGAGAAGGUCGGGGUGUUUGUGGACUAUGAGGAGGGUCUGGUCUCCUUUUACGAUGUCCACGUUGCAGAUCUUCUUCACUCUUUCACUGGCUGCUCCUUCACUCACAAAAUCUUCCCAUUUUUUAAUCCUUGUCUGAAUGAUGGUGGUAAAAACUCCGCCCCUCUGAUCAUCUGUCCUGUCAAUCAUAGCGAGUGACAAACACUUGAUUUUGUGUGUUUGAUGUAAAAUGAUGUUUUUAGAGUCACCGCACGGCGUCUGCUUUCAUAUUGGUCAUCAGUCACA